AUGGUCACUGUGUUGUGGGGCUCUCAGCAUUCUAUCAUCAAGUAUACCUUGCAGCAGGGUGCCAAUGAUAGCCUCCAAGCAGCAUGCCUGAACCUCGUCCGCUUUGGCUUGGCUGGGCUUUGCUUUUCGCCUUGGCUGCCCGUCGUCCAGCCUGAGCGUCAGGGCGUACGGGCCCGGCUUGAGUGGCGAGCUGGGGCAGAGUUGGGCUUUUGGCUUUUUCUGGGCUUUUGUUUGCAAGCUGCUGGUCUUUUAUAUACCACAGCUCAGCGUAGCGGACUUUUGCUUUACCUGAACGUGAAGCUAGUUCCUUUCUUUGCUUGGUCCAUUUUCGGGCGAGCUGUUCCACUGUCCGCCUGGCUUUCCGCGCUGGCAGCUUUCCUGGGAACCUUGUUGGUGGCUAUGGAUGACGCCGCAGGAGUGGAUCCAAAUAUCGGGGACCUGCUCAGCUUGCUUGCAGCUGCAGCUUCCGCGAUGUUCAUCCUGCGCCUGGAAACAUUUGCCCCCGUGACGGACGACAAGGCCAUCAACGCUGUAAGCACCCUCUCCGUAGCAUUGCUUUGCAUACCAUGGGCGCUGCUGGUAGCGUGUGCGAACGCGCCCGUGGAGGUGCUGAACGGCCCCGUGGAAGACUUGGCGGCCUCAUCCUUGGCAAGCGUGGCAGCACGCUGUGUGGAAUUGGUUCGCGACCAGCCGCUCUGCGUGCUCUACCUCGGCGUGCUAACCACCGCUUUCACAAACUGGUUGCAGACCAUUGGUCAGCAAAGUGUGCCAGCCACCACCGCCUCCGCCAUUUACGCUCUUGAUCCGCUUUGGGGCGCCUUCUUCGCAUACCUCUUCCUCGGCGAAGCUCUUGGGGCACAGGCCAAUCUCUUGGGGCUCUACAACUCCAAGACGAGAGGGCGCAAGGCUGGAUGCAUCAGCUGCUUCUGUCCAUACGGUGAGCAUGGCGUUCGCUUGGGUGAUGGCUUGGGCAAUACCACGAUAGACAUGCUCAGCACGAACCUGCCGCAGGUCGUUGCCGUGGCUGUCAACAGCCCUAGUCGUGCUGACAGACGGCGAGCGAGAGAAGCCGCGGAGCUCGAGCUCGAAGAUGAAGGAGUCAGUGAGCUGGAUGAUGAGCAGGAAUACCCCUUGGUAGCUGCAGCAGGACAUUCAGCAAACAGCCCAUCCACACAGGCCUUCCUCUCUUUGGACGAAAAAGAUGGCCGAUUUUGUGGCAAAGAGGGAGACCUUUGCAAGUGCUUCGGCAAAGUGCGCUACGGCCGCCUUUUUUCCUGGUCCGGUGACCUUGUGGUCGACGGCAGCGUAAACUGUUCCGCCGCGCUUUUCGGCGAUCCGAUGCCGAUGGACCUCAAGAUUUGCAAAUGCUAUCCAACCAUGUGCACCACACAAAUGGGCAUUUGCACUCCAGAGCCCUGUAUGUGCCCGACGUCCCGGGACCCUGACUUUGAAUGGGGCAAGAAGACGCUCAUGACAGGCGACGGCACAAAAUGUUGGGCCUGCGAGAAGAAGCGUGCCAGCACCGGAGUCGCAGAGUCUGGCAACUCCACGUACUGCCCCACACAGAUUGGUCGGUGCUCUUUGAAGAGGUCAUGCAAGUGCGAGGACCCUGCCGACAUUAAACGCGUCAUGCGGACGAAAAACGGGGAGAAGUGCUGGACUUGUGCUCCGGUGGGCGAGGGCAGGGCGAUGGGCAUGGACAGCGGUCAGCGGGCAAUGUUCUGGAUGCUGCCGCUGCUGUGGUCAUUUAUGGAUUGGCCAAACUCGUUCUGGCAGGUUUGCAACGGCGAUAGGGCUUUGACGAUCUUCUCAGCCCUAUGCAUCGUCGGGUAUCUUCUGCAGGUGUUUGCUCCUUUUCUGCGACUGGACCGAUUCUUCUCCUUCUAUGCUCCGUGCAUGAAGAAGGGGGAGUUCUGGCGCUUCUUCACCUAUUUCAUGCUUCACAGUGACUUGCAGCACCUGUGCGUGAACUUGUUCCACCUGAUGGACGCUCUGGACCUCGAAGGGGUUCCGCCGGAACUGGAAGUUAGCCCUGGAGUGCCACUGAAGUGCACCCGCGAUGGACCGAUUGCCUCCAUUUGCUACCCCGAUGUUGGGAUUGGCUGGAACAAUGUGGUAGGCAUCAUGGCCACAGUGCUUGCUUUUGGCGCCUUGAUAGGUACCAUGAAGAAUUUCGGGGCCUUGGUCCAGGGCGCCAGUUCAGUUUGCUUUGGCGUAGACGGUGCGCUGAUUGCACUAUAUGGCGUCUUCCUGGGCGCAGGGCUGGAUCAACAGCUGAGGAUCCCGGAGUUUGGUGCAUUUUUCUGGAUGCGCAUCGGGAUCAUUGCAUUUCACAUCAUCAUCGACAUUGUGCAGAGCGUUUGCGGAUCUGGAAAGGAUACGGUGGGCACCGUUGCCCACAUGGCAUCUCUUGUUGCAGGCUUCUGCUACGUCAUCUUGUUCCUUCCGCCAAUGGGUGAUGGAAGUUAUUUCGGAAGCGAUAGACCCUAUAUCGUCAACUGCGGGAUGACAAGUCCAAAGUAUGUGAGCUUGGAUGAAGCGACCACGCAGUGCUUAGCUUUCUUCAGAAGGAGCAAUGGAAUUGAAAUCGGCACCGCGCAAACAAUUGCAGGCGCAGUGCUGAUCACUGGUGUUGUGGUUGCUAUUGUCAACGCAAUCCACAAGCGUGACAUCACAGAUGAUGGAAUUGCUGUGUUCUCGUGCGGUGACUCGCAGCCGUCUGAGAAGCAACCUGCUCGUGAUGAUAAGACGUUGGAGUUGGACAGCGAAAUCACGGGCAGAGAGAAGGUUCUCAGCGAGGUCAAGGAUACAGUGUCGUUCCUGCAGCGGUUCCACACAAACCUGUCCAAAGUGGUACUGCGACCUCAGGCGCAGGCAACCUGA